CUUUAAAGCGGAGGAGCGCACGGUCGGUGAUUUUUGCUUCCUCCUGAUUCGGACUCGAACCAGCAACGUCUACGUGCUAAAUCGCGAACGCAAAACGCAAAAACCGAUAUGUGCUCAAAGUGCGUGCCACCUCGAGCAAACGCGACGGUAGAAACAGAGUGAUUGCGCUCGAGGCAGACGCCGCGGUGGUGGUGACGAUUCUCGACACGAACGAUCUCAAUCCGCUGUUCUAUCCGAUCGAGUACGAGACCACCGUGACAAAGGACACGCCUUUGCAUCGCAGCAUACUCAGGGUAAUCGCCGAGGACGCCGAUCUCGGCAGAAACGGCGAGAUUUACUAUAGCUUUGCCGAGGAGACCGAUCAAUUAUUUGGCGAUGACAAAGCCGUGUGCUGUGCCGACAUGCAAAACGGGCAAUAGAGGCGACAAAUCUAAUCGAUCUGUGUUUCGCGUGCCUAAAGAUGUCGAGCGAUUAAGACAAUGGGUAGCAGCUAUUCCCGGGAUCGUCAAACUGAAGCCAACGCACGUUAUAUGUGACAAGCAUUUCGAAGACCAGCAUAUUAUUCGUGAAUGGAUCAAACGAGAUGGGAGCGGUCGCAUCAUUGCACAGGCCCCAUAUAAGUAUCCGCAGCUUAGUAAGCUUGCUGUACCAACAAAAUUGUUACACGAUGUCACAAACAAUGAAGCCGUUGACUCGUUGGCCGAAUCGUCUUCACAUUUAGUGAGCUCUGUUAUCAACUCUGUAGACACCCCUCACGUACAAGAUGUCUCAUACAUUCAGUUGCCUAUUUCGGAAGAUGGACAAUCGCUUACAGCAAUGGAAGAAGCUGAUACAAUAAUGAUUCCAACGUCAGAUCCGCACACUGAAAUUUCUUCUGCGCAAGUCAACAUCUCGAGCACAUCUAUUAUAGAUACCCCUUACGUACAAGAUGUCUCAUACAUUCAAUUGCCUAAUAUUUCGGAAGAUGGACAAUCGCUUAUAGCAAUGGAAGAAGCUGAUACAAUAAUGAUUCCACCGUCAGAUCCGCACACUGAAAUUUCUUCUGCGCCAUUGUCCAAACUUCAAACACAGGACAAACUUUUUUACAUUUAUUCGGUAUUCAGCGAAC